CUGUUUCUCUCUCUCUUCAUUUCCUCCAUCGUCUUGUUCGAAUCUUGCUAAUCGGAAUUUCAGACUGUUUUUCCCCCUUUUUUUUGUUCCUCCUUUAUCCAAGAAUCAUGGUGUAGAAGAGAUUCUGAUUUGGAAAACCUGCCUCAAGCUGUCGCAAUCGUUUGGCUAAUUACAGUAAUUUUUAGCUUACUUGUCUGCAGGUUUGAGUUCUUCUUGUUGGAUCUGUUCGUUCCGUAUGAAUGGAGGCGCAACGAACAGUGGAUUUCGAGCAUAGAAGCAUGGAUAAACGACCUCGAAAGAGGCCUCGUUUAACAACAUGGGAUAUGCCUCCUGCUGUUGUUCCUCCGGCUCCUCCGAAGAUCCUACAAGCUGUAUACUGUGCCCAAGGGCUUGGAGUGGCCCCAAACUGUUCUUAUUCUUCUCUAUAUUAUAAGGGGAUUCCUCGUAAUGCAUCUCCACCAUGGAGACCAGAUGAUAAAGAUGGACAUUAUGUUUUUGCCAUUGGAGAGAAUUUAACUCCUCGCUAUCGCAUACUCAGUAAAAUGGGAGAAGGAACUUUUGCACAAGUCCUAGAAUGUAUAGACAAUGACAAGAAAGAGAUUGUUGCAGUUAAAGUUGUACGUUCAACGCGGAAGUACCGAGAGGCUGCCAUGAUCGAGAUUGAUGUCUUACAGAAACUAUCAAGGCAAGAUGUCUAUGGCAUGCGUUGUGUGCAAAUACGGAAUUGGUUUGACUAUCGUAAUCAUAUUUGUAUUGUAUUUGAGAAGCUUGGCCCAAGUUUAUAUGAUUUUCUACGCAAAAACAGCUAUCGUUCAUUUCCCAUUGAUCUUGUUCGGGAGUUUGGCCGACAACUUUUGGAAUCUGUGGCAUUUAUGCAUGAUCUACGCCUGAUUCAUACUGAUUUGAAACCAGAAAAUAUUCUUCUUGUUUCCCCAGACUAUAUCAAAGUUCCAGAUUAUAAGUUCCUCCGCAGACCCACAAAAGAUGGUUCCUACUUCAAAAACUUACCCAAGUCAAGUGCUAUAAAGCUUAUUGAUUUUGGUAGUACUACAUUUGAACAUCAAGAUCAUAACUAUGUAGUGUCCACACGUCAUUAUCGUGCUCCAGAAGUUAUCUUGGGACUGGGUUGGAACUACCCCUGUGAUAUGUGGAGUGUGGGUUGCAUACUUGUGGAACUGUGCUCUGGGGAAGCACUCUUCCAAACUCAUGAAAAUUUGGAACAUCUUGCAAUGAUGGAAAGGGUGUUAGGUCCACUACCUCAACAUAUGAUUAUGCGGGCUGACCGGCAUGCUGAGAAAUAUUUUAGAAGGGGCUCAAGAUUGGGCUGGCCAGAGGGUGCAACUUCUAGAGAAAGCAUCAGGGCUGUUUGGAAAUUACCCCGGCUUCAGAAUCUGAUCAUGCAGCACGUGGAUCACUCUGCUGGGGAAUUAAUCGAUCUUUUGCAAGGGCUUCUGCGGUAUGAGCCUGCAGAACGGCUUAAAGCAAGAGAAGCUCUAGGUCACCCGUUUUUCAUGCGUGACCCUAGAAGGUUUGAUUAUCCUCUUUGAAUGGAAAUUCUUGCUAAAGAUUCCAUGAUCAAAAAGAACUUCACUUCUACAUACCUCACAACUGUGAAUGAGAUUUGAUUGAAAAUAAUUGCAAUUGUAUGGAGGCUUGUAAACACUACUGAUUUGUUCUGCUGCAGUCUUUGACAACUUAAAAUCAUUUUGAAUCCAUUCCCUAAUAUGUUGUAAGUAUACCAUUUCUUUCAGGUGUGUAUUGUUUGAAUCUUUGCUUCAUAUAAUUUCUUGGGAGAAAUGUCAUGCAAUAUUAUUAGUGCUCU